AUGGCCACCGCCCACGCUGCGAGCUGGGCCGCCUCGCUGACGAUGUCGCAGCUCCCGCCCGCCGUCGUCCGCGCGGCCAUGGAGAGUCUGUACAACUACAUCGGGUGUGCUAUCGGGGGCGCGUCCCACCCGACCACCGCCGCCGCCCGGAGCGCACUGGCCCCGCUCUUCGGGGCAUCGACAUCCACCCUCCUCGGACAAGACGCCAAAGCUGACGCAGCACACGCGGCGCUGCUCAACGGGAUUGCUGCUCACGUGCACGACUACGACGACACCCACCUCGCGACGAUCGUGCACCCGACCGCGCCUGUCGCGAGUGCAUUGCUGGCCCAGGCAGAAGCACUCGGCCCGGGCAUCUCCGGCGAGCGUCUCCUCGUUGCACUUGUCGCGGGGAUCGAGGUCGAAUGCAAGCUUGCCCUCGGCGUGUGGCCCGCGCAUUACGACGUCGGCUGGCACAUCACCGGUACAGUCGGCGCUAUCGGCGCUGCCGCCGCUGUCGGCCGUCUCCUGGACCUCUCUCCUGUGCAGAUGGAGCAUGCACUCGGGAUCGCGGCGAGCCAGGUCACGGGGCUGCGCGUGAUGUUCGGUUCGGACACGAAGGCGUUCCACGUGGGCCGCGCUGCGCAGAACGGACUGUUGGCCGCAUUGCUCGCACAAAAAGGCUUUACUGCAGCACCCGGGGCGCUGGAGGCGUCACGUGGGUGGGCCGCCGUCGUCGACGCCAUCACGCCCGCCGCGCCACAGAACAUCGCCGCCCAAAUCCACACGCUCGGCCACACCUGGGAGAUCACGGCCAACGCGUUCAAGCCGUUUCCCUGCGGGAUCGUCGUGCACCCGACGCUCGACGCGUGUCUGCGCCUCCAUGAUUCCGCCGCGGCCAUCACCGCCGUGCACGUGCGCGUGCACCCGCUCGUGCUCGAGCUCACGGGCAAGACCGCGCCCGCGGACGGGCUGCAGGCCAAGUUCAGCGUCUUCCACGCGGCGGCGGCGGCGCUGCGCUCCGGCGCGGCCGGCCCGGCGCAGUUCGCCGACGCCUUUGUCGUCCGCCCGGACGUCGUCGCGCUGCGCGGGAAGGUCACCGCCACAGCGGAUGCUGGGCUGGCCGCUGACGCCGCGGAGGUCGUGCUCACCCUCGCGGACGGCGCUGAACGGCGUGUGUUCGUCGAGCACGCGAUUGGCAGCACCGCGGUCCCGAUGGACGCUGCCGCGCUCGAGGCAAAGUUCCUUGGCCAGGUGACGCCUGUGCUUGGAGCUGCUGCUGCUGCGCGUGCCAGUGCUAUGGCGUGGGGCGCUCUCGAGAGCACAGAUGUCGCGCAGUGGGCAGCAGGUUUGUCGGAGUGA